GUUUUAGUAGCGAGUGCGCGAUACAGCAACCGCGACGAUUGAAAUAAAAAUAAUUAUUAUAGUUUUCGCGCAGCAGCGCUAAAUCGGAGAAAAAAUAUGAUUAAAACGGACCAAGUUGACAUUGUCAUGGCAUUAAAAUAUUUUUAUAGAAAAGUCAAAAUUCAUUGAUUUAAAAUGGGCAUGAAAUGUGUUUGGUGUGUAGUGAUACUGUUUUUAGUAAUAAUGGUGAAAUUUGGGGUAGUUGUCACUGGUCUGGAUAGUAAAGAGUUUCAAAAAAGCUUACCUGCUAAAAUCGUAUGGGCCGUAGAAGGUAGAGAUGCUGAACUGCCUUGUGAUGCCACUCCUGCUCUGCCGGACGAUAACGUAACCAUGAUUUUCUGGUUUAAGGAUACCAUUGGGAUGCCUUUGUACAGCUUAGAUGCCAGAGAUGUCCCUUUAUCUAAAGGCUCCCAUUUGGCCAUGAGUGAUGACUUAGGCAGAAGAUCCUAUUUCGUGGCGAAAGACGAACCUUCUAAAGCGAAGCUUCGAAUUCAACGAGUAAAAAAAGGUGAUCAGGGAGCCUAUAGAUGUAGAGUGGAUUUUGUCAAUUCGCCCACUAGGAAUUUUCAGGUCAACUUAAGUUUAGUGGAGCAGCCGAGCGAGCCCCGCAUUUUUGACACCGAAGGACGUGAAAUAAAAGCAAACGCGACCGCCGGCCCUUUUCUCGAAGGGCACGAGCUCUUUCUUUCGUGUCAGGUCAACGGAGGUUACCCAAAGCCAACGUUAACUUGGUGGUUUAACGACACAAUUCUGGACAGCGUGGUGGACUCGAAUCGUGGCUCUCAAACGACGGUUAAUCAGCUCUUGAUUACGUCACUGCCGAGGCAAUUUAAGGGCGGCAAGUUGGAGUGUAGGGCGUCUGCCUCCCAAACUGCCGGCGAAAUCAUCAGACGGGUGCCACUCAAUAUAUUUCUAAAACCAAAUAAAGUUAAAAUAGUGACUCCGAAUACUCUACUGUCCAGUGGAAAACCUCAAAGCAUCCGUUGUGAAACUUCCGGAUCAUAUCCUCCGGCCAAACUGACUUGGUUGUUAAAUGACAAACCAUUUAGAAAUGCCGUUGUAACGGAAGAAGAGACUUCGGCUUUUACGGGGAGUAUUUUGACCCUGACCCUGUCGCCCGAAGACAACGGAAAAACGCUCGACUGUCGAGCAGAUAAUCCCCGAUUUCCUGGGGGAACUGCUUUGGAUCGCCGAAGGUUAAGCGUCGCAUAUCCACCAAAGGCAUCAGUAACUGUUGAUAGAGGACUAAAACUACCAAUUUCAGAGGGUAGCGAUGUUACGCUAAUAUGUAACACGUCAGCCAGUCCAGCAGCGCAAAUUUAUUAUUGGUACCAUAACAAUCAUCUGGUCGCAUACAACGAGUCCGGUGGAAUAUUGCCAAACCAAGAGAGCCUCGUCAUAAAAAACAUAAAACAAAAAUCUGCUGGCCAAUAUGCUUGUUCAGCGAGAAACUCAGAAGGGGAGACUUAUAGUGCUCCCUUCGAUUUGAUUAUUCAAUAUUCGCCGCAUUGUAAAAAAGGUUACGAGAAUGUCCGUAUAGGGCACAUUCCUUCCGAAACUAUUAUGGCUCAAUGCAUAGUGGAUUCCGUGCCACCUGUAAACCGAUUCUUUUGGACCUAUAAUACCUCUAAAGGAGUAUUUCCUGUGACAACGUCUAAGAUGCAAAAUAAAGGCAACGUGUCGAUUUUGCAAUUCUUUUUGGAGAACGAAGAUAUUAAAUCGUUGCAGUGUUUUGCUGAAAAUGAUGUGGGGAAACAGGAGGAGCCUUGUUAUUUUCAUAUAGUACCGGCAGAACCUCCAGAACCUCCAAGAGGUUGUCUAAUAAGAAAUUCGAGUCAGAGCAUUAUAGAAGUUUCUUGUAUUGCCGGCAACGACGGUGGGCUUCACCAAAAUUUUAUUCUAGAAGUCAAUGACAUUUCAAGUCCUUUACCUUCGGGCAUCCAAUCAACUUUAAACGAUCAAGGUGCUGUAGAACCUCCGACCUUUCGUGUUUUAGGCGAGAGGCCAGUUUUUAAGUUGUUAAAUUUGAAGCCAAACAGAGAAUAUCAAGUGGUAGUUUAUGCCGAGAACGCUAGGGGACGCAGUGAUCCUCCCAUAGUUUUACCUAUUAUUCAGGUGAAAUCUGGAUCGUAUCUGAACGACAAUAUUUUAGAUGAUGGUACCCAAACUUAUAAAUUUCAAGACAUUCCAAACACCAAUAAAUCAACAACGGAAAAUCCACAGAUGACAUUAAUAAUUGCUGGGGCCUUAGCUUUAGCUGUCUUACUAAUUUUUUCCAUAGUCAUUGCUGCAACUAUUAUAGCCUGCAAAAAAAAAUCUCGUGCUCCUUUAGUAAGAAGGCGAGAGAGGAGUAGCAAACCUCCAAGUGAACUAGAGCUCUCGGAAGCCGGCUUUGGAGAUGGAUUUCAUAGGAGAAGCGCUCUCUACAGAGCCAGUAUGUACGGCGAAUGUGAAGAAAGAAUAUCUAGGCUGAUUGAGGGUCCCGAUUUGAUUUUGUCUCCGACCAUUUUUUCGCCCCAUAAUUCCGACUACUGAAGAAAAUGGGGAGGAGACGGAUUUUUAUAUAAGGGCUUUAAAUGGAUCUGUACUUAUUUGAAUAUGUAUUAUAUUUGUAAAUACUUUUAAAGUUACGACUUUGUAAACCUUUAUUUUUAACUACAGCAGUAUCGUAAUUACUCUACUUUCUUUAUUUAACUACGUGUUGUAUAUAGGUAUUAUUAGCGAUUAUUUAUUCAAAUUAAAAACGUUUUUUCCUUCUAGUAAAAUAAUAAAAAAAGACCCACAGUACAAAUUAUUGAUAACGCUGACAAUAGUAUAAGUAUUUUUUUAA